CGAUCCGUUCCAGCUUUUCAAACUCGGAGAGAGAGAGAGAGAGGAAAGCGAAAGAGCUUCGCUUUCUUCGUUAAACCCUUCGUAGUUUCUUCUCACAUGACUGAUUCAACUUGGUUUCGAUUACGAAUCUAGGGUUUCGACAUUUCCGAAUCAGAAUUUAUCAAUUAGCGAUUACCUGCGUUGAAAGAUUUGUUUCCUUUGUUGAUUUCUCGGAUCUUUCAUCCUUAGAAAAUGUCUCGAGCUGAGUAUUUAUGGGAGCGGCUGGUGCACGCCGCGUUACGUAGAGAAAGAACAGGAGCUGCUGCUGUUGGUCCUGGUCAGGGCAGUAUUGUUGGAUAUGUUCCUUCAUCGCUUGCAAACAACCAAGACAUAGAUGCUAUCUUGAGAGCUGCAGAUGAAAUUCAAGACGAAGAUCCCGAUAUAUCCAGAAUUUUAUGUGAACAUGCGUACUCUCUUGCCCAAAACCUUGACCCUAAUAGCGAAGGCAGAGGGGUUUUACAGUUCAAAACGGGAUUGAUGUCUGUCAUUAAGCAAAAGUUAGCCAAGAGAGACGGUGGUACAAUAGACAGAAGCCGCGAUAUUAUCCGAUUGCAAGAGUUCUACAGGCAAUACAGAGAAAAAAACAAGGUUGACCAGUUGAGGGAGGAGGAAAAGCAGCUGCGCGAGUCAGGUGUUUUCACUGGAGAGUUGGAAAAGAAAACAGUGAGAAGGAAAAGAGUUUUCGCAACGCUUAAAGUUUUGGGAAGUGUGUUGGAGCAAUUAGCGAAGGAUAUUCCUGAAGAGCUGAAGCGUGUAAUUGAUUCAGAUGCAGCAAUGAGCGAAGACACAAUUGCUUAUAACAUCAUUCCUCUUGAUGCUCCUGUCUCCACGAAUGCUGUAACGACUUUCCCUGAGGUGCAAGCAGCAGUUGCAGCAUUGAAAUACUUCCAAGACUUACCAAAACUACCGACAGAUUUUCCCAUUCCUACAACAAGGAAUGCUGAUAUAUUUGAUUUACUGCACUACGUUUUUGGGUUUCAGAAAGACAAUGUCUCAAACCAGCGUGAACAUAUAGUUCUUCUUCUUGCUAACGAGCAAUCUCGUCUUAGAAUUCCUGGCGAAAUGGAUCCUAAAUUGGAUGAGGCUGUGGUACGAAAGGUGUUCUUGAAGACCCUGGACAACUACAUCAAGUGGUGUGAUUACCUGUGCAUUCAACCUGCUUGGAGCAAUUUGGAGGCCGUUAGUGGAGAAAAGAAAGUACUCUUCCUCUCCUUGUACUUCCUGAUUUGGGGUGAAGCUGCCAAUAUCAGGUUUCUUCCAGAAUGUUUGUGCUACAUAUUCCACCAUAUGGUAAGAGAAAUGGAUGAAAUUUUGAGACAGCGUGUUGCUCGUACCGCUGACAGUUGCAAGCCACCUGAAAGUCGCAGUGCUGAUGAUGGUGUAUCAUUCCUUGAUCAUGUAAUUGCUCCGCUGUAUGAAGUGGUUGCCGCGGAAGCUUCUAACAAUGACAAUGGUCGAGCACCUCACUCAGCUUGGAGAAACUACGAUGACUUCAAUGAGUAUUUUUGGUCGCUUCACUGCUUCGAGCUUGGUUGGCCUUGGCGCAGAAGUUCAUCCUUUUUCCAGAAACCUAUACCCAGGCGAAAGUACGAGCUUAAAACUGGUGGGGGAAAACAUCGAGGAAAGACUUCUUUUGUUGAACACCGGACAUAUUUGCAUCUGUACCAUAGCUUCCAUCGGUUAUGGAUAUUUCUUGCUAUGAUGUUUCAGGGACUGACCAUAAUUGCGUUCAACAAACAUCACCUUGUCUCUAGGAGGACUUUGCGCGAAAUUCUCAGCCUGGGUCCAACAUUUGUUCUGAUGAAGUUCACUGAGAGUGUUCUGGAUGUUAUAAUGAUGUAUGGCGCAUAUUCUACAACAAGAAGACUGGCUGUAUCUCGCAUUUUUCUUCGUUUUAUUUGGUUUGCUUGUGCCUCUGUCUUCAUCUCGUUCCUCUAUGUGAGGGCGCUUCAAGAGGAUACUAAACCAAAUUCUAGUUCAGUCGUCUUCAAGCUUUAUGUGAUUGUCAUUGCCAUCUAUGGUGGUGUCCAGUUUUUUAUAAGUUUUCUGAUGCGUAUCCCGGCUUGCCACUACAUGACUGACCAAUGUGAUCGAUGGCCUGUGAUUCGCUUCUUUAAGUGGAUGCGCCAGGAAAGGCACUAUGUUGGCCGUGGCAUGUAUGAAAAGACAUCUGAUUUUAUCAAGUACUUGCUGUUUUGGGUUGCUGUUCUGGCUGCAAAAUUCUCUUUUGCAUUCUUUCUUCAGAUUGCGCCACUGGUUAGCCCAACAAGGACUAUAGUGACCCAGAAUAAUAUACCAUACUCCUGGCAUGAUUUGGUGUCAAGAAACAACUAUAAUGCUCUGACUGUUGCCAGUUUAUGGGCUCCUGUGGUCGCUAUCUAUCUGUUAGACAUUCACAUCUUUUACACCCUCGUCUCUGCCUUUUUGGGUUUCUUGCUCGGAGCGAGAGAUCGUUUAGGAGAAAUAAGAUCUUUGGACGCUAUUCACAAACUCUUUGAGGAGUUUCCUGGAGCCUUUAUAAAGACUCUUCAUGUUCCUCUCAAGAAUCGGAAUUCUGAUCCUUCAUCUCGACAGGUUGUGGAGGAGAACAAAGUUGAUGCUGCUCACUUUGCUCCAUUUUGGAAUCAAAUAAUUAAAAGUCUACGAGAGGAAGACUAUAUCGCAGACUUUGAGAUGGAGUUGCUCCUGAUACCCAAAAAUUCUGGUAGACUUUCAUUGGUUCAGUGGCCCCUUUUCCUUCUUGCCAGCAAGAUUUUAUUGGCAAAAGAUAUUGCUGCCGAUAGUAUUUCACAAGAAGAGCUUUGGGAGAGAAUCACAAAAGAUGAUUAUAUGAUGUAUGCUGUCGAGGAAGUCUACUACACUCUCAAGCUUGUCCUAACAGAAAUUUUGGAAGCCGAAGGGAGGAUGUGGGUUGAAAGAAUCUACGACGACAUUCAUACCAGCAUGAAGAAUAGGAACAUUCAUCAUGACCUGCAGCUGAACAAACUUUCCCUGGUUAUCACCAGAGUGACUGCUCUGAUGGGGAUCCUGAAAGAAAAUGAGACACCAGAGAAUGAAAAAGGGGCCAUCAAGGCUCUUCAGGAUCUCUAUGAUGUUAUGCGACUUGACAUAUUAUCUGUGAAUAUGAGGGGUAAUUAUGAGACGUGGAAUAUAUUAUCGCAAGCGAGGAAUGAAGGUCGGCUCUUUACGAAAUUGAACUGGCCAAAAGAUGCUGAACUGAAAGCACUUGUCAAAAGAUUGUACUCCCUAUCAACUAUCAAAGAUUCUGCAGCCAAUGUUCCUAAGAAUCUUGAGGCCAGACGCAGGCUGCAAUUCUUCACAAACUCUCUUUUCAUGGACAUGCCCCCAACAAGGCCUGUCCGCGAGAUGCUGUCUUUCAGUGUGUUUACUCCAUACUAUUCUGAAACCGUGCUAUAUAGCAUGCAAGAGCUGACAAAGAAAAAUGAGGAUGGGAUAUCAAUCUUGUUUUACCUUCAGAAAAUAUAUCCAGAUGAAUGGAAGAACUUCCUUGAUCGAAUUGGACGGGAUGAAAAUGCAUUAGAAGGUGAUCUUGACAGCGAGAGAGAGAUACUUGAACUUCGACUUUGGGCCUCUUAUCGUGGACAAACCCUAGCCAGGACAGUUCGUGGAAUGAUGUACUAUAGGAAGGCACUUAUGCUUCAGUCUUAUCUGGAAAGAAAGACCAGUGGAGACGGGGAAUCUGGCUUUUCUGGUAAUGAUGCAAUGGAUUCAGAUGGAUUUGAGCUAUCUCCUGAAGCAAGGGCUCAAGCAGAUCUAAAGUUUACGUAUGUUGUCACAUGUCAAAUAUAUGGCAGACAGAAGGAAGAGCAAAAACCUGAAGCUGCUGACAUUGCGUUGCUGAUGCAAAGGAACGAAGCCCUUCGUGUUGCUUACAUUGAUGUUGUCGAAACUCCAAAGGAGGGUAAAACGCACACUGAAUAUUACUCAAAGCUCGUGAAGGCUGACAUCAAUGGGAAGGAUAAGGAAAUCUAUUCCAUCAAAUUGCCUGGAGACCCGAAACUUGGGGAAGGCAAACCUGAGAAUCAAAAUCAUGCUAUCGUAUUUACUCGUGGGAAUGCAAUCCAAACUAUUGAUAUGAAUCAGGAUAAUUAUUUUGAAGAAGCCUUGAAGAUGAGAAAUCUUUUGGAAGAAUUUCAUUGUGACCAUGGAAUACGACCUCCUACUAUUCUUGGAGUCAGGGAACAUGUAUUCACUGGAAGUGUCUCUUCCUUGGCCUCAUUCAUGUCCAAUCAAGAAACCAGCUUUGUAACUCUUGGUCAACGAGUAUUAGCAAAACCCUUAAAGAUCCGAAUGCAUUAUGGUCAUCCAGAUGUAUUCGACAGAGUUUUCCAUAUUACGCGCGGUGGUAUCAGCAAGGCAUCCCGGAUCAUUAAUAUCAGUGAAGAUAUCUAUGCUGGUUUUAACUCAACUCUGCGUCAAGGGAAUGUCACUCAUCACGAGUAUAUUCAGGUCGGCAAAGGGAGAGAUGUCGGGUUAAAUCAAAUAGCUCUAUUUGAAGGAAAGGUUGCUGGUGGGAAUGGUGAACAGGUUCUUAGCCGGGAUGUGUACAGACUUGGUCAGCUUCUUGAUUUCUUCCGAAUGAUGUCGUUCUACUUUACAACUGUUGGGUACUACUUCUGCACAAUGUUGACGGUGCUUACUGUGUACAUAUUCUUAUACGGAAGGUUGUAUCUGGCACUUUCUGGGGUUGGGGCAACUAUGCGAGAAAGAGCUCUCGUAUUGGGUGAUACUGCCCUUAAUGCUGCUCUAAAUGCGCAGUUUCUGUUUCAGAUUGGUGUUUUCACUGCUGUGCCUAUGGUUUUAGGCUUUGUUUUGGAGCAGGGUUUUCUCCAGGCAAUUGUCAGUUUCAUAACUAUGCAAUUUCAGUUAUGUACUGUCUUCUUCACGUUUUCUCUUGGCACAAGAACACAUUAUUUUGGUCGGACUAUUCUUCAUGGUGGUGCAAGGUACCAAGCUACUGGGAGAGGCUUUGUGGUCAAGCACAUCAAAUUUUCCGAAAACUACCGCCUUUAUUCCAGAAGUCACUUUAUCAAAGGGCUGGAGGUUGUCCUCUUACUAAUCGUUUACCUUGCAUAUGGAAACGAUGAGGCUAGUGCCGUUACCUACAUUCUUCUGACUGUCAGCAGCUGGUUUAUGGCUCUUUCUUGGCUUUUUGCUCCAUAUUUGUUCAACCCUGCUGGAUUUGAGUGGCAAAAGAUUGUGGAAGACUUCAAAGAAUGGACCAAUUGGCUCUUUUACAGAGGUGGAAUUGGAGUCAAAGGAGGUGAGAGCUGGGAAGCAUGGUGGGAAGAAGAACUGUCACACAUUCGGACUCUGAGCGGGAGGAUAGUGGAGACUAUUUUAUGUCUAAGGUUCUUUAUCUUCCAGUAUGGUAUCGUCUACAAACUGCAGAUUCAAGGGUCAAAUACAUCAUUGGCGGUGUAUGGUUGGUCAUGGGUUGCAAUAGCUGUGAUUAUAUUGCUUUUCAAGGUCUUUACUUUUAGCCAGAAGAUUUCUGUCAAUUUCCAGCUUGUGUUGAGAUUCGUACAGGGACUUGUGUUAUUGUUGGCUCUAGCCGGCAUAGCGGUAGCAGUUGCUCGCACAGACUUGUCGAUCACCGAUAUAUUCGCCUGCGUUUUGGCUUUUAUACCGACUGGUUGGGGAAUUCUUUCGAUCGCUUGUGCUUGGAAACCGAUCGUUAAGAGGAUGGGAUUGUGGAAAUCCAUCCGCUCUCUGGCACGUCUAUAUGACGCGGGAAUGGGAAUGCUAAUCUUUGUCCCGGUUGCACUUUUCUCGUGGUUCCCAUUCGUCUCGACCUUCCAAACACGUAUGAUGUUCAACCAGGCCUUUAGCCGCGGUCUGGAGAUCUCUCUGAUUCUGGCAGGAAACAACCCUAACACGGGACUGUAAAGUUCGAUCGGACCAGUAAGUUUCCUGUUUCUCGACGUUUUCCAUAAACCACGGGGCUACAUUGUUGGAGGGUUUCGGGUUUCGGGGAAAGAUCUCAUGGUUUUGCAAUUGUUGUUGGUUGUUUGGUUUCGAAUUGUUGAAGCACAGACAGAUACGUCUCGGCAUGGGGACAAGGCUUAACUGAGUUCAGUUCGUUUGUAUUUGUCUGCGUAGAGAAGUAGAAUGAGAGUGUCUGUGUAUUGUUGUUAAGUCCUAAUAACUAAAAGGAUAAUGUAUUCUGUUUGGUAGAUUGUUUGUUAAUUUGUUUGUUGUUGCUGAGUAUCCCCCAUUGAGGGUUUUACGUGCAUA